AUCUAUCCAUCCACCACGAGCAUGGUGCACCUGUUUACGAAACAUGACACGUUAAACGAAGCACAUAUCGAAAUAUGGAGCAAAUUCUGCAGAAUGGACAUGGAAAAGCCAGCCCCUGGAGUAACGCUCGCGACAACAUGCAUAGAUACAUCACACCAUGCACAUGCACAGUUGAAACACAUACCUUACGUAUUUCCUGAGCUUCCGCAUCUGCUUCCCACGGUACCGCACGAAGAUCUGCCAACCCACCACGUAACCGAGGUGCUGCUUGCAGUCACAAACUGCCGACAGCUCGGGACAACCCCUUUCCCCGCAGUACUACCUCCGCAUUCCCCAGCAAGACCGACUUUGACCAGUGGCAUGAUAUCAUUCAUGUGCAUGCAGAGGAGUGUAGGAGUACAGCUGAAGGGCUGGUGACCCCUCCCAGCCCCCGACAGGAAGAUGCAGGAGAGCUGAGUCGAUCGAGAACACUGGGAGGGGCCGGUACAAAGUACGGAAUACUGGCUCUGUCUGGAGAUAUAAAAUGAACUAUAAAAUGCUUUCAUAUCAUCUGCGUCUUUAUACCUUCUUCUCAUUGUUCACUCUUCAACAUGGCUGAACCUCAAAUCCCAACCAAGCAGAAAGCUGCGAUCUAUGAUAAACCGGGUACGGUCUCCACCAAAGUUGUGGAGAUAGAUGUGCCUGAACCCGGACCGGGAGAAGUUCUUGUCAAUUUGACUCACUCGGGUAUAUGCCACUCGGAUUAUGGUGUCAUGACAAACUCUUGGAAACUGCUCCCCUACCCAACCCAGCCCGGACAGAUUGGCGGCCAUGAAGGAGUCGGAAAGGUAGUCAAGUUCGGCCCUGGAGCCAAUGGAACCGGGUUGAAGAUUGGCGAUAGGGUAGGAAUCAAAUGGGUGUCCAGUGCAUGCGGGAACUGUCACCCAUGCCACGCAGGCGCAGACGGAAUCUGCCUCAACCAGAAAAUCUCCGGCUACUACACCCCGGGCACAUUCCAACAAUACGCGACAGGCCCAGCUAACUACGUAACCCCGAUCCCCGAAAACCUCUCUUCGGCCGAGGCCGCGCCCCUUCUCUGCGCCGGCGUCACCGUCUACGCAGCCCUGAAACGCAGCAAAGCCCAACCAGGCCAGUGGAUUGUGAUUUCCGGCGCAGGCGGCGGCCUGGGCCACCUAGCCGUCCAAAUAGCCAGUCGAGGCAUGGGCCUGCGCGUGAUCGGCAUCGACCACGGCAGUAAAGCAGCCCUCGUUAAGGAAUCAGGUGCGGAGCAUUUCGUCGAUAUCACCGCAUUCCCGAAAGACGACAAUGGCGCUGCCAUCGCGGCACACGUGAAGUCCCUCACGACAGAGAAGUUGGGGGCCCACGCCGUUAUCGUCUGCACGGCGUCAAACGCGGCGUACGCGCAGGCAUUUCUCUUCCUGCGCUUCAAUGGUACGCUGGUCUGUGUGGGGAUGCCGGAACAUGAGUCCCAGGCUAUUGCUACGGCAUAUCCGGCUGCCAUCGUUUUCAACCAGGCUACUAUUACCGGUUCGGCAGUGGGGAAUCGGAUAGAGGCGAUUGAGGUGCUAGAUUUUGCCGCUAGGGGUAUUAUCAAAUCUCAUGUUAGGAUGGCUAAGUUGGAGGAUUUGACAGAUUUGUUUAAUGAGAUGGCAGAGGGAAAGUUGCAGGGGAGAGUGGUCUUGGAUCUUUCUUAGUUGGGUUGGAUGGUUGACGAGAUGGGAAACAG